UCGUGUUGGGCACGGAGACUAGAAAGCAAAGAGUCUAGACUUUCAAAGUCGGCAGAAACCUGAAUCUUAUCAUUCAGGUAAUCCUCGACUCGUGUCCUCUCGUGCGAGGACAGGGAUGAUGUCGGAGCUGCCAUUGUGGAUGUUGCGGGGGAGAAUCAUUAAGAAUGAUCAGCCAUCGAGAAGCGCAAGGUGUCGCGAUUAUCAACUCCAACUCCGCCUUGGGCAGUUCAUCCAGACAGCUUCCGCCAAUAACCCUCCAGGACGAACGAUCGCCUCAACCACUAUGGACAUGCUUAUAGAUUCGCAGAUUAAUUACUGCAGCGCCUACAUCUGACGUGUCUCCGUGUUUUGUUCUUAUUCUAAUAUGCCCAGUCCAGCGAAAAAGCGAAAGAGAGAUGUUCCAGACUCUUCUCCACACCACGCCCGGAGCAUAGCGUCAUUCUUCAAGAAUCAAGCUACCACGCAAGCGAAGAAACCAGAGCAAGUACCGGAUACCGUGCCCGAAGAAGAUACGACACAGACUCUUUCAGACGAAGCGCUUGCUCGUAAACUCCAGGCAGAAUGGGAUCAAGAAGACAACGCCACUACGUCAGAGGCUGCAAGUGGUGAGCCUCCUUUAACGCCUUCAAUUCCGAAAGAUAUCGACGCGGAGCCGAUAAAAAAAGCACAGAAACCAAAUACACUAUCGUUGCAGUCUUCUACUGGCACGGAAGACACAAUAUCCCUUUCUGUCCCUUUUGAUCAGAGUCCUUUGACAUUCGACUCGGUGAAAUAUGCAGAAGAGCUACAAAAGCACUGGGCGACGGACACGGGUGGCGCUUCAUACGCUUUGUUAACGAGGGCAUUUGUCCUUGCCAAUUCAACGUCUAGUCGAAUCAGGAUUGUUGAUACAUUGGUCAAUCUUCUACGGGUACUUAUUGAAGGUGACCCUUCCAGUGUUCUUCCCGCGGUAUGGCUCGCAACAAACGCGAUUUCUCCACCAUACGACGAGCUGGAACUAGGGUUAGGGGGUUCUUCUAUAUCAAAGGCACUCAAGAAGGUGUACGGGCUGAAUAGCCAAGGUCUUAAGACGCUCUAUGAUAAGCAUGGGGAUGCUGGAGACGUAGCCUUCGAAGCAAAGAAAAAACAGAGCUUCACACUGAUAAAACCCAAGCCACUCAAAAUAAAAAGCGUGUAUCAGUCGCUAGUGAAAAUAUCCACGAGCAAAGGUACAGGGAGUCAAGAAACCAAACAAAGGGUCGUUGAAAAAUUGCUGCAAGAUACUCGGGGAGCGGAAGAAAGCCGAUAUAUUGUGAGGACCCUCGUUCAGAAUCUACGAAUCGGAGCCGUCAAGACUACCAUGCUCAUUGCACUUGCGCGGGCCUUUCUGUUCUCGAAGCCCAAGGGUGCAGAUUUUGUGGUUCGUCCCCAAAAAGAAUUGGCAAGUCUUAAAAAAGAAGACCUAAGUGAAAUCUACAACAAUGCGGAGGAGAUUGUCAAGGCUUCCUACGCCCGACAUCCUAAUUAUAACGACCUAGUCCCUUGUCUGCUUGAGGUAGGGGUGACUGAAGAGCUUCUUGUACGAUGUGGCCUUCAACUCCAUGUUCCUCUAAGACCUAUGCUGGGCAGCAUCACCCGUGAUCUCUCUGAGAUGCUAACGAAACUUCAAGGGAGAGAUUUCAGCUGUGAGUACAAAUACGAUGGACAGCGCGCCCAAGUGCACUGUGACGAAAAGGGGAAUGUGUCCAUUUUCUCGCGCCAUCUUGAAUGCAUGACAGACAAAUACCCGGAUCUCGUUUCUCUGGUCCCGCAAAUCAGGGGAGAAAGUGUAUCGAGUUUCAUACUCGAAGGAGAGGUAGUAGCUGUAGACCGGGAAAAUGGUGAAUUACAACCAUUUCAAGUGCUGACGAACCGGGCCAAGAAGAACGUUGAUAUAGGCGAGAUAAAAAUCAACGUCUGUCUCUUCGCAUUCGAUCUCAUGUAUCUGAAUGGAGAGCCUUUAAUGGAUCGGCCUUUUCGUGAGCGCAGGGAGCUCCUUCGGGGCCUAUUUGUGGAAAUACCAAAUCAAUUCUCCUGGGUCAAGAGCCUUGAUGCAACGUCGACUGAUUCUGAGACGGUACUGGAGUUUUUCAAAAGUGCACUCGACACCAAGUGUGAGGGGAUCAUGGUCAAGGUACUCGACAAUACGCCAAAACCGGGCUUGAACGAAACAAACGAGGCUCUCUCAAACAAUGAAAGAGAGACGAAUCGACAGUCGGAGACGACAAACGCAAAAGAAAAAAGCAGCAGACGAAAGGCCUUACUAUCUACAUAUGAGCCCGACAAACGUCUCGAAUCCUGGCUCAAGGUCAAAAAGGAUUACAGCACGUCAUCUGAAACUUUGGACCUGAUUCCCAUCGCCGGCUGGCACGGACAAGGCCGUAAAGCCAAAUGGUGGUCCCCAAUCCUGAUGGCAGUCCGCAACCCUGAAACGGGAAAUCUCGAAGCCGUCACCAAAUGCAUGUCCGGCUUCACCGACCGGUUCUACCAAGCCAACAAGGAUAAAUACACACAAGGAAGCCCCAGCGUCAUAUCACGCCCCAGCUAUGUCGAGUACUACGGCGAGCCAGAUGUAUGGUUCGAGCCACAAGAGGUCUGGGAAAUGGCUUUUGCGGACAUCACCCUCAGUCCGACGUACACGGCAGCGAUUGGGUUAGUAAGUGAGGAACGCGGCCUCAGUCUCCGGUUUCCGCGAUUCCUCAAAGUCCGUGAAGACAAGUCCAUCGAUGAAGCGAGUACAUCGGAUUACCUGGCUCUCCUAUGGGAGAAGCAGGUAGAACGGUCUAAACAGGAAGAAAACGGGCCAGCCAAGGAGACUGAGAAACUAGGUUGGCAGGAAUGAGCAUGCCAUUCUGAAAGAUAUAGUAAUUUCUCCUCUUGAUGGCUGUUGAUGAUUGCAUAUAUUCGAAUCUAUUUAUCUACCUAUCUUUGAAUUGAAACAAUACGUAACAUACAUACAAAUACAGAUACAUACAGAAAUACCAGGUACGGACGGUACCUGAAAAAAACGGA